UCGAGAUCAGCUCCCAAUGGACGUUCUGGCUGGACAGCUCCCGCCUGCGAUUGCGCUGCAGCUGCUGCAUUCGCUUGCCGACAGCGCGUGCCAUGGCUUGACUGCCCUUGUGGCUCCCACUUCGACUACGCAUGCUCAUGCUCAGACUCAGACUCUGACUCUGACUCCGACUCUGACUCUGGCGCUGGCCACAGUCAAGCAGCAACUGAGCGCUGUCAUUGCCCUGCUCGAGUCCUCCGCUUCUGCCUCUGCCUCGCAGCCGCCAGUCGCGCCAGGCAGCACUCACAUUGACUCAGCCAGCUCAGCCAGCUCAGCUAGCUCGACCAAGCCCGACCACGACGACGCUCAGGAGGACGGCCUGGCUCGCUUGCUCCGAAUCCAUGUGUUGCCGUUGCUGAACAACACGUUUGAUGCCGCCAAGGCCAAGGUGGGAGAGACCAUCACUCCAGCGCCUGCAUUGACGUAUGCGAGCACACAGGACAACCCACUGGGCAUCAUCCCGGCAGCGGUGCUCGCUGGCGACCGAGUCCUCGUGGGACGCACAGAGCCACUGAGGCUGGAUGUACCGCAGCCGCCUGCGCCGGAUACCAUGAACUACACGCCUUCGACCGAGGGAGGCAAUGGCGGCAAUACACUUGCUGCGCUCAGCGUGCGGUUGCUGGUUGCGACUCUGGCAACGGCGCUCCCUCACGCCCAAACUGUGGUGACGUUCAUGCGCGAAUCGCUUCGUGACUAUGUCAAGCUCUCUCUCGAGGCAUUUGACGGCAACAGCAAGCUCGAUGGCGUCAAGUCGAUUGCCAACAAGCAGGCCGCUAGCGAGAUUCCAGUGUCCAUCCAGGCAUCGACCCUUUGCGCCGUGAUUGCCGAGCUGCUUCGAUCGCCCGCCGUUGCGCGUCAGUGCGCCGAGCGUGCGCCUGACUUUUGGGCCAUCACCACUAGCGCCUGCUUUCACUGCAUUACACUGUCGGCCGACCGAGAGGUUCGUCGCAGCAUCGGUUCUGUCAUUAUUCCGCUCAUGGUCCAGAACGCCGAGCUCGUAUUGCCAGCCACGCUUGUCGGAGCGCCAAGCCCUUCGGUUGGGGCAACCGGAAGCAAGCCGCUGGAGUCAUUCAUCUCCCAUCUAUGGGCAGUGAUUCUCACCAUGAGUCGCCACGACUCUGACGCCGUGCAAGUAGACGCCGUCGCGACCUUGUGCGCCAUGUACGACCUGUUUUUCGUGUCGCGGUCCGACCAUGUUCGUGGCACACAACCCGUCGUGCACCUUUCGGACAUUGUUCGCCUCGAUCUGCGCCGUGACGCGCGGUUUUGGGAGCUGGUGCACCACGCCCUGAAGCAUGCUGAUUUUCUCACCAACAAUCGCGGCGUCUACUUGAUUAAGCGAGUUCUUGACACGACAGCCUUCAUCCACGAGGUCGUGCCCGGCGGCGACUCGAACGAAGGAUGGACGGACUACUUCCACGGCGAGCGCACCUCUUUUGAAAGCCAGCGUGUGCAGUUUGAAGAGUUUUGCUUGCUCUACGAUACGUUCCAAGAAACGUCUCUCAGCAUCAUCGACCAGGUGCUUGUUCGCUGGGUGACACUGUUGCCGCGUCGUGGAACGGCCACCGAAGGCAACUUUCACGGAACCUGGUUUAAAAUCUUGUUUGAUCGCCUCUUCCGCAACGAGAAUCGACGCGUCAUCCACCGUGCCUUCCGCUUCUUUUUGCGCCAAGACGUGCGCUCCAGCCUGGCAACGCCCUCCCUCGACACCGUCUUGGGCGAACUGAGCGACGAAUACCGCAGCAAAAAUGCGCGCUCCCCUGCGCCCGUCUCCGGCGGAACCAACACGUCCACGGAUGCGAUCGAUGACGACGAAGACGACGAAGAGCAACAGCAGGCCCAAGCUCCAUUCUUCCGGCGAUUCCAAAAGCACGCUCGCACCCGCACCACACCCGCACCCAUCUCCACCCAAGACCCGCGCGAAAGCCGAUCGGCACCGGACGCAUCAGCAGUUCGAGAGCCGCAUCUGCUUUUGGCGGAUGUGGACUUUUUCGUGGACACUGUCUUCCGCUUUGCCCUGAUUACAGAUUUCAUGACACACGAGCGUCACGCUUCCAUUAUGCGGCGGCAUUUGGCGUACGUGGUCGAACUGCUCCCAUCCGAUGUCGAGCGUCGGCGUCUCUUCCGCAAGCUCAUUCAUGUCAUGUGCGACAACCGUUCCAUCCCAUCUGCCAUCCAUGUUUUCAUGUUGCUUGCAUCAAUGCCGCCGCUUCCUGGAGCAAUCGAUGCACGCACAAUCGAGCACCUCCUGCAUUUCGAGGCAGUUACAGUCAUGAUGUGCGAGGUCGAGCUUCGAAACCCGAUCCAUGCCUUGGCGUUGCUGACGCUGCAACGGCACACUGCCACCUCGCUUCCGCUCGUCAGUGCCACCGCCAACAACGGCAGUGCCACCUCGGCAAAGACCGAGCAGCGUUCGGGCAGCUACCUGCGCUCGCCAGCCUCAUCAGACUCUGAGUUUCCGCUCACCUUUGAGCAGUUGCUUCGAUUUGUGGCCAUCAUCUUUGAUGAUUCCUCCUUCCAGCCUUCUGCGCUUGUGCUGUCCCUGUUGAGUCGCUGGCUCUGGUCCAUUCGGUCCUUUGACGAUCAAGCAGACGCUGAGCCUACCUGGCUCGCCCGCAACAUCCAGUCCGAGCUAGCUGCGUCGUUCUUGCAAUCCACACCAACGUCGCCCCUCGCUGUAUUCCCGGACUGGCUCCGCCAAGCCAAGUGGCUUGCGUUUUUGAUUUCGCUGGCUGUCUUCAACAAUCCUUCCGCCUUGCUUUUGUUGCUCCAGAACGUGUUUACAAUCCUGCGUAGCGACCUCGGGGUUUGCUGUUCUGAAGCACGGCCCAUGCACUUGGUCCAGUCUCGUGCCUUCCCGGCGCUGGCGUUGUUGCUCAGCUUGCGUCGUCAGACCAGUGCCGCCACCUUUAGCGCGACCGUGCGUGCUGCCCUGCCAGAUGACGUCCUGUUCCAGCAGCUCCUUCCGACCCUCGGUGCUAUUGUAGUUGACCCAUCUCUUGACCUGCCGACGUCCUCGGAGCUGAUCGCUGCCGAAUCCUUGUCCUCCCUCUGCCAUGCCAUCUUUGAAAUGGCUACCGAGCAAGGUGUCUCAGAGCCCGUUCGCAACCAAGUGAUCGACUUCCAAUGCGCCCAAUUCACCAAGGCCUGGCAGCUGUUGUCGACCGCCCGGCGUGAGCUUGGCUCGAUCAGCGGCGCCUUCCACACCACUUUGGCGGUGAAAACCAUCCAGGACGUGCUCGAGUUUGCCCCUGUUGAUCGCCUGUACGUUGCUGCCACUGCUCUUUAUGAUAGUCCGGAAGCACUGCAGCAAGCCACUGCCGAGACCAUCGAGGUUGAGCUGCGCAAGCCGCGCGGGUGGGAAGUCGGUCUUGGUAACUGGUCACACAUUGCCAGUUUGUUCUCGCUCCGCAAGUAUCGCACCCUCCACCAGCUGCUUUUGUUGCAGAAUGUGGGUAUUGCUCAGCAGCGGCCCUUGCUGGUUUUGCCAGCCGAUGUGGUGCGUGUGUGCACCGAGGCGUUCGAUGUGGUCGAACUCGAUGGUGCGUUCGCCGUGCUCGACUGCCUGAUGUUGGUUGCCCCGUUCGCCCGCGAGGUGGAUGGAGACGGCGAAGCUUCCGGGGACGCGUCCUUUGUUUCGGUUGACGCGCUGGUUGGUGCUGUGACGGCCAGCUGGCAAAUUCUGGCCGAGCGUGAUGGAGAUCGCGUGUUCCCCAGCGUGGUUGCCGCGGUUGCGCGUCUUGCCUUCCAUCCCGCACUUGUUCGUGUCACUCGCCUGCAUUCGCUCGCCCCACCUCCCCGCACCGUCUCCAUCAAGAAGAUCCAGAAUUCUGGCGCUCGAGGCAGCAAGCGCGAGUUGUUUUCCAUCCCGACCGGCAAAAACACUGCCGAGCGGCUUCGCGCUAUUUUCGACAAGAUUAGCGAGAUCAACACGACUCGCCCCGGCUUGAUGCUCACUGUGGCGCGCCAGCUGUGCACCGCUUGGAACGCAGGAGCUGCGUCCACGCUCGAGCAAGCGCCGUUCGUCAGCUCGUACCUCGCGCGUCUUCUUGAUGUGGGAACCUGCCGCCCAUUCUUGAGGAGCAAUCUGGGAGCAGUGUCUGCUGCUCGGCUGUACUCUAAAAUGUUUGAUAUGAUUACCAAUCUGCACCAAGUCGCCGGGGCCACUGUGUCGUCUGACGUGGACGGCCGCGAGGAUGCUACUCCAGGUGCUGCUGUUGCCGCUGUUGCUGAUGUCGAUUUGGAAGACCCUCUGGCGUUGAUUGCCGAUGCGGAUGCAGAAGUUCGCGCGAUUGCCCUUGGCUACAUUUCGAGCCUCUCCUCCGAGAAUCCAACGCACAUUGCCAUUGCCAAAACCACGAUCGAUCUCCUGAUCCAGCGCGAUUCGCGAUACAGCGGCAUGUCCAACAGCACGACAGGCGGCUACUUCCCCGAUUCCGACAUUUUCAUUGGCAAGCUGCAUGUCUGGCAAGGCGUGCUGCUCCUCACCCCAGUCGUCCUGGGCGGUGGGGAACCCGAUGCGCUUGAGCUCGUGCAGCGCGUUUUGCAGACGCUCGAUCACAUCAACCACAUGACGAUUCGCACCAUCAUGGAGUGGGUCAUUGUGUUGACUGUGCUUGCCCAUCCGACGACAGCCAUGUUUGAUGCGCUUUGGUCGCCCUUCACUCGCUCGUACGUGACGACGCAAACCCUGAACUCGCUCUGCGCCAUGUGCAUGCAACUGGCACGAGCGCUGUGUGCCGACUCGCUGUCCGAGCGGUCAACGGGCAGCUCGAACGACAAGGCUCCAUUGAGUGACGCAGCAGCUCGGGGCGACCACGAUUGCGCGCAGCCCCGCACGGCGUCUGCCAUUCGCUUCUGCGCCCGCACUCUGGACUUUGUGCUUCCUUGGAUUACAUCGCACCAAUUUGCAAUGCGCUUGUACGCGCAGGCCACGGUUGUCGGCAUGGCCGAGCUGCUGGCCUCGUCGCACAUUCCGCUUCGCGUCGUGCUGGGUGACUCUUCCGCGUCUGCACGUGCUGGUGAAACCGACAACCAGAUGGGCAGCGGUGCCAAUGUUGUGGGUCACGUCAUGAAGUUCCUUGCCACCUCGCCAGAGUGUGUCAAGCACGCAAACAAGCUCAAGCGGGACUUUUCCUUCUCGGGCUUUGACCCCGUGCUGGAUUUCAAUGUCGAGCUUAUUGUGUACUACCUGCCGCUGAUUGCGCUUGGCAGCCAAGCCACUCUGAUGAAUGUCGAGCUGGUGCGCAAACACUGGCAUGGACUGGCGCUUCGUCGAUCUCGCUCGGCACCCACGCCGCCACCCACCACCACGGCUCCCGCAUUUGUUUGUGGCCGUCUUCACAAGCCUGUCCUCCUUUGCGAGCAAGACUACGAGUCGCACAUUUUCACCUAUGUUGCAGUGCGUUCUUCCACCGCCAUGCGCCAGUUUGUUCCGCGUUUGAACGAGGCGGCAGCCGCAGCAGCAGAAGCCGAGGCGGAGGCCGAGGCAGCGGCCGAAGCACGUGCAGAUGCAGAGAUGGAAGCCAACGAGGGCAAGCCACCUGCGCCGGAAGACCAAGAGCAGCAGCAAUCCGCCGCACCAAGCACGAACGUGCAAAAGAAGCUCACGCCCUGGCAGCAAGCCACUGCGUCCAUGGUCGGCGUCGACGCGGCGUCCCCUCUCGUGGCCAACGGUCCGGUUGCACCUCUUGCUGGAACAGGCCGCUCGGAUCUCAUUGUUGUCGCUUCGCUGAUUGAUCGCGUGCCGAAUCUCGGAGGCCUCACGCGCACGUGCGAGAUUUUCAAGGCGGGCUUGCUCGUCAUGCACGAUCUCCGUGUGACGACCGACGACACGUUCAAGCAGCUCAGUGUCACUGCAGACAAGUGGAUGCCGUUGAAGCAGGUGGAAGACCACGCGCUGCCAGCCUACCUCAAGCAGAAAAAGAGCGAGGGCUACACUCUGGUCGGCGUUGAGCAGACGGCCGAGGGCAAGCGACUCUCCAACUUCUCCUUCCCCCAAAAGUCGCUCAUCUUGCUUGGGCGUGAGCGUACUGGCAUUCCAGUAGACCUGAUUCAGCUGUUGGACGUCUGUGUUGAAAUCCCUCAGUUUGGCGUUGUGCGUUCGCUCAACGUGCAUGUCUCUGCUGCUCUCAUGGUGUGGGAGUAUGCGCGCCAGCACAUUGUUCCUGCGCUGGGCCCGAAAUAGUUUGGUCCGUGUUGCCUGUCCUCAGGUUGUGUAGAUGUGACAUGUUGGGAUUUUAUCAGUGUGGUUUUGGUGUCGUGUUAACGACGGAAGCGAAAUUUUCAGGAUUUUUGAACGGUUCUGGUGAGCAUGUAUUGGCAAUUGACACGGUAC